AUGGCGCUGGUUACUGUACCCAGUAUGACGGAUACUGUACCCAGUAUGACGGAUACUGUACCCGGUAUGAUGGAUACUGUACCCAGUAUGAUAUAUACUGUACCCAGUAUGAUGGAUACUGCACCCAGUAUGAUGGAUAUUGUACCCGGUAUGAUGGAUAAUGUACCCAGUAUGACGGAUACUGUACCCAGUAUGACGGAUACUGUACCCAGUAUGACGGAUAAUGUACUCAGUAUGACGGAUACUGUACUCAGUAUGAUGGAUACUGUACCCAGAAUGAUGGAUACUGUACCCAGUAUGAUGGAUAAUGUACCCAGUAUGACGGAUAAUGUACCCAGUAUGAUGGAUAAUGUACCCAGUAUGACGGAUACUGUACUCAGUAUGAUGGAUACUGUACCCAGAAUGAUGGAUACUGUACCCAGUAUGACGGAUACUGUACCCAGUAUGAUGGAUACUGUACCCGGUAUGAUGGAUAAUGUACCCAGUAUGACGGAUACUGUACCCAGUAUGACGGAUACUGUACCCAGUAUGAUGGAUACUGUACCCAGUAUGAUGGAUACUGUACCCAGUAUGACGGAUACUGUACCCAGUAUGACGGGUGCUGUACCCAGUAUGACGGAUACUGUACCCAGUAUGACGGAUACUGUACCCAGUAUGACGGAUACUGUACCCAGUAUGAUGGAUAAUGUACCCAGUAUGACGGAUACUGUACCCAGUAUGAUGGAUACUGUACCCAGUAUGACGGAUACUGUACCCAGUAUGAUGGAUAAUGUACCCAGUAUGACGGAUACUGUACCCAGUAUGACGGAUACUGUACCCAGUAUGAUGGAUAAUGUACCCAGUAUGACGGAUAAUGUACCCAGUAUGACGGAUACUGUACCCAGUAUGAUGGAUACUGUACCAAGUAUGACGGAUACUGUACCUAGUAUGAUAGAUACUGUACCCAGUAUGACGGAUACUGUACCCAGUAUGAUAGAUACUGUACCAAGUAUGACGGAUACUGUACCCAGUAUGACGGAUACUGUACCCAGUAUAGCGGAUACUGUACCCAGUAUGAUGGAUACUGUACCCAGUAUGAUAGAUACUGUACCCAGUAUGAUGGAUACUGUACCAAGUAUGACGGAUACUGUACCCAGUAUGAUGGAUACUGUACCAAGUAUGACGGAUACUGUACCCAGUAUAGCGGAUACUGUACCCAGUAUGAUGGAUACUGUACCCAGUAUGACGGAUACUGUACCCAGUAAGAUGGAUACUGUACCAAGUAUGACGGAUACUGUACCCAGUAUGACGGAUACUGUACCCAGUAUGAUGGAUACUGUACCAAGUAUGACGGAUACUGUACUCAGUAUGAUGGAUACUGAACCCAGUAUGAUGAAUACUGUACCAAGUAUGACGGAUACUGUACCCAGUAUGAUGAAUACUGUACCCAGUAUGAUGAAUACUGUACCCAGUAUGAGGGAUACUAUCUGUUCUCUUAUUGGUAGAUCAGCGUAUUUUCUGUGUUUUGAUAUUUAA